GUGAACGCAACCCUUCCCAAAAAACUCUCUUCGUUCUUUGAAUCAAGAGAAGUCUUUGGGAAAGAGAAGAAGCAGCGUGGUGUAGGGAUAUCUUUGAUUCGAUUUGAAUAUUUUGGGAAUAGAUUUGAGAUGGGGGAAUGGAGGAGGGUUUCGUCUUGGAAGAGUUCCCGCGGGCACAACAGACCGCCUAAGCAUUGGAGGCCGCCGCCGCCGUCUCAUCCUGUUCUUUUCUUUCUACAGGCUCUUGGGACUCGAAAAUUCCUUGGUGGGAGAGGAAAUUCCUGGCUUCUGUUUGCCCAAUUCCAUUAGAGGAGCUAGGUUUUCAUGAGAAGUUCAAUGUCCAUUUACAAGAAUGUUCUAGAUUGGGAUGAUUCAGCAGCACUAGAGGCGUUUCAGAAGGCCAAGGCUCAGUUUUGGGCGAAGUACAACGGUCUUAGGAGUGAUGUUUCUUUGCCGGAUCCUGAUAUGUAUAUUGAUAAAGUCAAUUAUGAUGCAAUUAUCGACCCAGAACUUAUUGAAGAUUUGUACAAAGAGCCACCAGCACCAGCUAAUCAGGUUGCUACCGGUAAUGAUGGCCUAGAUUCUUUUCUUGCUACAGAUAAACCGAUUCCUGCCACCGGAUGGGAUGAUGCAGAAGAUAAUGCUCCAUCUGGUGUUUUUGCUGCCCUACCUAGAUUGAACAAUUGGGAUGUGCAUAUAGACAAACCAUUUAGGCAGAAUGAAGCAAGCGAUGCAAAUAAUACUUGUUCCGCCUGGGAUGUGAAUCCUGUAAAAUUAGAGGACAAUGGCGAUCGAGGAGGUAAUAAGUGGUCAUGCAAUGAUGGUUGGACCGAUGGAUUUGCAAGGAAUGAAGAAUGGGGUAGCAAGCAGCAUAGUUUGUGGGAUAACCGUGUCGAUAAAUCUUGGGGGCCUUGUCAAAGCAAUAAUGAGUCAGGUGGAAGGCACAGUAGGAAGCGAUAUAGAGGAGGCCGUUUUGGUUCGAGGUUUCAGAUUGAUGAUUACCAGAAAAACAACAAUAGCUGGAGAAAUUGCAGAGGAAGGAAUAACAGGAGUCAUUCUAAUGAGCAUACAUUUGAUACAUGGCAGUCUAGGAAUAAUCAAGAACCACAUGAUUCAGUAGCUGCAUGGGAUUGAGAAGAACACACUAUCUAGAGCUGUUUUGUUUUCUGGUGUCACUGUGAUUUCCACUAUAAAUUUAGUUUCAUAUAGUGAAAAAAUGUUGUUUGCACAGGCCAUUAUAUCAAUUUUUGGUGGGAGAGCUUAUGGCAGUUGCUGUAUUUUUUUGCAUUAUAUGUUAUUUGACAUGUUACUAUUACGGAUAUGAUUGUCUAAGUUUGAUUUAUUACAUGCACUGAAGUUUCAUCAGUGGAGAGAAUGA